AGAUACUGAAUGGAGGGGUGUAUGUUGGCCAGAACAAAUUUCUCUGCUUCGCAGACACCAUUCAUUGGCAGGAUAUCGUGCGUAACCCGUGGGCCUCCAACUUCACUUUGGUUCCAACGAAUGGCAGCUCAGGAUGUGGUCGAUGCCACAAGUCCUGCACAGGCCGGUGCUGGGGACCCACAGAGAAUCACUGCCAGACCUUAACGAAGACAGUGUGCGCCGAGCAGUGUGAUGGACGGUGCUAUGGGCCCUACGUCAGCGACUGCUGCCACCGGGAAUGCGCUGGAGGCUGUUCCGGACCUAAAGACACUGAUUGCUUUGCCUGUAUGAAUUUCAACGAUAGUGGUGCAUGUGUCACACAGUGUCCCCAGACUUUUGUGUACAAUCCUACCACCUUCCAGCUGGAGCACAAUCACAAUGCCAAGUACACCUAUGGGGCUUUUUGUGUCAAAAAGUGCCCACACAACUUUGUGGUAGAUUCCAGCUCUUGUGUCCGUGCGUGUCCGAGUUCCAAGAUGGAGGUUGAAGAAAACGGUAUUAAGAUGUGCAAGCCCUGCACUGACAUUUGUCCUAAAGCAUGUGAUGGCAUUGGAACAGGGAGUUUAGUGUCAGCUCAGACAGUGGAUUCCAGCAACAUUGACAAGUUCAUAAACUGUACCAAGAUCAAUGGCAACCUUAUCUUCCUCGUUACUGGGAUUCAUGGGGACCCAUAUCACACCAUCGCCGCAAUCAACCCAGAGAAAUUAAAUAUCUUUCAAACAGUGAGAGAGAUAACAGGGUAUUUGAACAUCCAGUCGUGGCCUGAGAACAUGACAGAUUUCAGGGUGUUUUCCAACUUGGUUACCAUUGGUGGAAGAGCUCUCUAUAGUGGCCUUUCCUUGCUCAUCCUAAAGCAACAAGGCAUUACCUCUCUGCAGUUUCAGUCCUUGAAGCAAAUCAGUGCUGGCAACAUCUACAUAACAGACAACAGCAAUUUGUGCUACUACCACACUGUCAACUGGACCAGCCUCUUCAGCACACCCAGUCAAAAGACGGUGAUUCAUCGAAACAAAAAGGCAGAGAACUGCACUGCCGACGGAAUGGUGUGUAAUGAGUUAUGCUCAAGUGAUGGCUGUUGGGGGCCGGGGCCAGACCAGUGUCUCUCCUGCAAGCACUUCAUCAGGGGAAGGACGUGCAUAGACUCUUGUAACCUGUAUGAUGGGGAAUUUCGGGAAUUUGCCAAUGGUUCUGUCUGUGUGGAGUGUGAUCCUCAGUGUGAAAAGAUGGAAGAAAACAUGAUCACGUGCUAUGGACCGGGACCUGACCACUGCACGAAGUGUUUCCAUUUUAAGGAUGGUCCAAAUUGUGUGGAAAAAUGUCCUGAUGGCUUACAGGGCGCUAACAGCUUCAUUUUCAAAUACGCCGAUGAGGAUCGUGAGUGCCAUCCAUGCCACCCAAACUGCACCCAAGGGUGUAGAGGUCCCGCUAGUCAUGACUGCAUUUACUAUCCAUGGACACGACAGUCCACUUUACCACAACAUGCUAGAACCCCUCUGAUUGCUGCGGGAGUUAUUGGUGGCCUCUUCAUCAUCGUCAUUGUGGGCCUGACGUUUGCAGUGUAUGUUCGGCGCAAAAGCAUUAAAAAGAAGAGAGCGUUGCGAAGAUUCCUGGAGACUGAGCUUGUGGAACCCUUGACGCCAAGCGGCACAGCACCCAACCAAGCACAGCUUCGUAUCCUGAAGGAAACUGAGCUGAAACGAGUCAAGGUUCUUGGCUCUGGAGCCUUUGGAACUGUAUACAAGGGUAUUUGGGUCCCUGAGGGAGAAACCGUAAAGAUUCCUGUGGCUAUUAAGAUCCUUAAUGAGACCACUGGUCCGAAAGCCAAUGUGGAGUUUAUGGAUGAAGCUCUUAUCAUGGCCAGCAUGGACCACCCACACCUGGUGAGACUUCUGGGUGUCUGCUUGAGCCCAACCAUUCAACUCGUCACUCAGCUGAUGCCUCAUGGCUGCCUGUUGGAUUAUGUUCAUGAACAUAAGGAUAAUAUUGGCUCCCAGCUUCUGCUGAACUGGUGUGUCCAAAUAGCUAAGGUAU